AUGGCAUCUGGCAACACUGCACAGCUCUAACAUACGGAAAAAAAAGAAAAAUAAUUAAUUGCCUGGGCCAAACGGAGAAUUCCAAAGAAGAACGCAACCGAAACGCCAAUUCGAUACGCCUGAUGCCGACCCGCUGACGUCUGUCGUCCGACAGCAGUUGAGGUGGUGCCCGUCGCCAAACGCCGCAGCGGUGGAACGCCGGAGAGGAUGUGAUAUGCGCACUGCCCACCGUUGGAAUCUCCAUCUCCAUCUGUUGGUCGAUAUAAGCUCGUGCCCCCUCGUUUUCGUCUCUGUCUCCGUCUCCGUCUCGUCCUUGCCCGCGUCCUCGUCCUCGUUUUCGUCCUGGUCCUCGUCUCUAUCGCCCCCCUCCCACUGGCCACCUUUUAGGGCUCCCUCCCUCCCCGCUCCCUCUUCGUUGAUUCCCCUGGCAAGCUGGAGGGGAAGUGAAGUGUCGGAUGCAAAGACGCAGUUAACCCGAGAUUCUGGACAGCAACCUGAAGACGAAGCCAAAAUCUGGCAAGGAACAUGAAGCUCGGUAAUUACUGGAAGACAACCCGAAACUUGGAAGUCUAGGGAAUGCGAAUAUAGCCUGGAAACUGGAAAAUAAUUUGGAAAAAACGUCCUGGAAAGAAACCACUGAAGAAGCUAAAAUAAGGAGCCCCUUGAAGUCUGGAAUCUUUGCCAGGAGAAUCGAAAAAGGAACCCCAGUAUUUUUUGAAACCUCCCCAAAGCCGGCGCAUCAGGAUCUCUCUGAGAUCUCUCAGGGAAAUGGCCACUGCAUCGCUGGACGCACUGCAGGCAACCUAUGUGGAUUUCAGCGAAAUAACGCUACGCGAGAAAGUCGGCCAUGGAUCGUAUGGGGUUGUCUGCAAGGCUGUCUGGCGCGAUAAGCUGGUGGCCGUCAAGGAGUUCUUCGCCAGCGCCGAGCAAAAGGACAUCGAGAAGGAGGUGAAGCAGCUGUCGCGGGUGAAGCAUGCCAAUAUCAUUGCCCUCCAUGGCAUCUCAUCGUACCAGCAGGCCACCUAUUUGAUCAUGGAGUACGCCGAGGGCGGUUCCCUGCACAAUUUCCUCCAUGGCAAGGUGAAGCCGGCGUAUUCGCUGGCCCAUGCCAUGAGCUGGGCGCGCCAGUGUGCCGAGGGCCUGGCCUACCUGCAUGCCAUGACGCCCAAGCCUCUGAUCCAUCGCGAUGUCAAGCCCCUGAAUUUGCUGCUUACCAACAAGGGACGGAAUCUGAAGAUCUGCGACUUUGGCACUGUGGCCGACAAGUCCACCAUGAUGACCAACAAUCGUGGCAGUGCCGCUUGGAUGGCCCCCGAGGUCUUUGAGGGCUCCAAGUACACGGAAAAGUGUGACAUCUUCAGCUGGGCCAUUGUCCUCUGGGAGGUUCUCUCCCGCAAGCAGCCCUUCAAGGGCAUUGACAAUGCCUACACCAUACAGUGGAAGAUCUACAAGGGCGAACGUCCGCCCUUGCUUACAACCUGUCCUAAGCGCAUUGAGGACCUAAUGACAGCCUGCUGGAAAACGGCGCCCGAGGAUCGACCCUCGAUGCAGUACAUAGUGGGGGUUAUGCAUGAAAUAGUCAAGGAUUAUCCGGGGGCGGAUAAGGCUCUGGAAUAUAUGUUUGUGAAUCAACAGAUCAUCACCAAAGAGAGCGAUGGCACGGUGGCCGCUCAAUCGGACAGCCUCAGUUCGCUGGAGGAGGAUGAGGGGGAGCCGAGUCCCUCUUCCACACAGUUAACACCGACAACGGCGGCCAAUGCCAAUGUGAAUGCAAAAGCAAUAUUAACAACGGAAACAACGACAACAACAACAACAACAACUAGCUCAAUGACCGAAAAUACCUCAUCAGCAGCCUCAUCAUCAUCCACAUCGGCGGACAUAACGCCAACCAAUUCGGGGCAACUUGACAAUAAUUCGCUAUUCCAUAUGAGCAGCAAUCGAUGGGACGCGAUACCCGAGGAGGAGAGCAACGAGAGCCGCAACGAUAGCUUCAAUCUAACCUCAUCGGCGGAGGCCACCCAGCGCCUGGAGACAAUACGCAAUGGCAUGAUCCAGAUGGCCUGUACGCCCAUGGAGCAGCUCACAUUGGAUGUGGAGGCGAAUGGCUUCGAUCUAAGUCGCAGCGAAAGCAGCAGCAGCAGUACGCACGCCAAGAGCGAUGGCCGCGAGCGACUCACGGUGACGGACACCAAGCCGGUGAUCAUGACCACCACGGAUCUGACCAAUAAUAACAACCACAACAGCAACAACAACAACAGUCAGGCGGUCCUCUCAAAUGGUUUACUUAGCCACGUCAUAAAUGGUGAUCAGGAUCAGGAUCAGGGCAUUAUCAACUCCCUAGACAUGGCCGUAGUGGAUGGCGAUACCACGGAUGCCGAUGAGGAUGAAAACGACGGCACCGAACAGUCACUGGCCGAGAUUCUUGAUCCUGAGCUGCAGCCGGAGCCGCCCAUUCCAAACAAUGCCGAGUCGCAGCUGAUCUAUCGGGAGCACCGGCACAUGGCCAAGGAGUACCUCAGUGUGGAUACGAAUCUGUAUUAUGCGCAGGACUUCAAGGACAAGCUGAUCCUUCAGAUGGAUCGCGCAGAGCGCGAACAAAAGCAGGAGCUGCUGCGCAAGAUCAAAGAUAAGGAGGGCCUGCAGAGUCUGUACAACAAUCUGCAGCAGCAAUGGGAGAAGCUGCCCGCCUCGCGGCAACUUCAGGCCGGCCAUCAUCCGCAUCCUCACCCUCACCCCCACCCUCAUCCCCAUCCACACGGAGGACAUCCCCAUCCCCAUCCUCAUCCCCAUCCGCAUCCGCAUCAUCUUCCCCAUCUGCACAGCCAGCAGGAGGAGUUGGUUGGUGGAUCGGCACAAACCGGUGGCACCGCCGAUUCCGUGGAGAAUGACGGAUGGGUGGUCAUCCAGCCGCACACCAAUGCGUAGUCAUCUCUUCUGCCGGAUCUUCCGACUCUCUAUGUUUGAGUUUAGGCUAUCUGUAAUCUGUAAUCCCCUACCUGUAACUGUAUCUCUAGCCAUAGCAGCGCGUUUAUCGUUUUAUCUUUUUUUUAUAUAAGUUAAGUUUAAGCGUUUCAAGUCCGCAUGUGUUUUCGUUUUAUGUUAGCAGACAGACAAACACCAUAUUUUUUUUCGAAAACAAACUUAAUUUAGGUUUUUAACUGUACGAUGAAGCUUAUAUAUUAUAUUUAACGUAUACUUGUGUGUAUCUGUCCGAGGAAGCUGACAAGAGUAGACCAAAAAAAUAUAAAAACUAUCGAAAGCAACGACAAAAAAAAGGAAA